AUAUCUAGAGCCGCAAACCAACCUCAAAGAACCCUAAAUCGAAAACUCUCAUUUCAUAUUCUUCUUCAUCGAUUUUGCUCUAAUCUCUUGGAUCCUCUAGAGAUCGGUUUGGUUUUGCAGGAACAACAAUCCAAUCAAGAUGCCUCCAAGAACAAGGAACCCUAAAGCACUCAAGGCCUCUCGCGGAGCAGCCACGCCUUCUCACUCCGCGAACGUCCCUUCCUCCUACCCAUGGCCGAACAAGGCUGAGGGUCAACCGAUCAACAUCAAUGACCCACUACUCCUUGACUACAAUUGUGAGGGGUGGGACAAGGAGUCCGCAGCAAGAUACAACAGGCUUCUCGCAGCAGAGAUCCUGCCCACACGAUUUGCUCACGCGGAGACCUUAGCUGCUCUUGGUCUCGAGUCUGAUGUGUUCGAGACGCUCGAUGUCAUGGGCCUCGCUCCUCUCUGCUACCAAGCCCAAGUUCUCUAUCCAGAUUUGGUUCGGCAAUUGCUCGCAACAGCUCAGAUUACUUACCAGAACCCAACUGCGCCAACAUACGAGAACUGCUACUUCUCCUUCAUGGCUGACGGCAAGUUCUGCUCCAUCUCUCUCCACGAUCUAAACGAACUACUCGAGAUCGCAGACACGCCAAGAGAGGUCUCAGUUGACAAAAAGUUCGCGCCAGCAAACGCCUUUUGGGAUCUCAUUGCGACAGGGAAGUUCACUUCUCGCAAGGCUUAUCAGUCACAAAUCCGAAACCCCACUCUGCGUAUCAUUGCCAAGAUCGUCUCGAACAUCCUAUUCGCAAAGGAACACACCUCCAAGGUCACAAACGGAGAGCUGCAGGUUCUAUACACCGGCCUCGAGGAUGAGAUCCGUAGAGACAGAGUCAUACCGAUACAGACUGUGAAAACAAACCCUGGAUUCCUUCUCAUCACGAUGCUCUCUGAGCGCAAGGAUUCCAUGGUCCGAACGGAAGACAAGAAAGAUCGCUGCGGCAGUGUUCUCACACCCUUGUUCAAACGCUUCAACAUCGACCUGGAUUCCUACACGGUUGUUCCUGAGCUUGAGUACAUUGACACCGCCUAUUUGAUCACGUGCCACAUCCUGCGCGACGAAAGCACAUACAAGUUCACAGACAAGGACGGGAUCACUCUCUACUGCAAGCUCCCUCUUCCAGGGUUAACAGAUUUCACAACCUUGGAUAACAUAGUGUUCUUGCCAAACGCAGAACACUUGUGCGUCGACCCCCGAGCGCCAAUUCCAGAUGAGAAUGCGGCAGGGGAUGAUGUGGAGGACAUAACUCCACCUGCUGAUGGUGCUUACGACCUAGAGGACCUCACGGAUGUUACAGAUGACCACGCCUACAGACGUUGGAUGGUGGACUCCCAGAAGAAAAACAACAGCCUCAUGAAGAGGAUCCUCAGAGCACUCACUGGAGGCUGCAUCAGAAGUCAGGAUGAGCAGACGACGCAAGGAACAAGGCGCCCAGGCAAAGAACCAGCGGGCACUUCAGCUAGAGAAGAGAGACUUCCGAGGAACCGGAGAACAGCCGGCCACUCCAGCAGCGGCGAUUCAGACUGAGUCCAAACGGACUAUUCCUAUUCCCUUGUUUUAUCCAUCUGAACUAUUUAUUUCCCUGCUAUUUGUUUUUGGUUUGGUGUGUUUUAGCCUUCUCCGAUUUAUUUUCACAACCAGGGAUGGUGUGAAGUAAGUCUGGGGGAGAAACUCUGUACGAUUUCCAUGUUUUUAUUGAGUCAGUCCCUAGGAUCGAGUCAGUCCAGUCAAACUUAUUGUGGUAAUCAGGACCUUAUUUUGUGAUGAUUUCUUAACCACCUCGUGCUUUAACCUUCUUAUUCAGUGACCUUAGCAGUGAUGAAAGACCCACACAUGGACCUGGAACACCCUGACUUAUCUCAUUUGACACUCCAGAAGUUCUCCACCGAUCAGGUUACACUGGGUAGACUCAACUCCACUAUAUCUGAACCUAAUCUGGACUUUAAUUCUUCUUGUUAUGGGUACUAGAUCAGGGAAACGAGACCUAUACUCAGGACUUCUUAUCCUUUUUAUCCAUCUUGCUGUUCCUGAGUAGCUAGCUCAUCUUUAGCUAGUUCCCACCUUGUACCUUAGCCUUCGUUCCAACUUCAUGCAUUUGUUUCUCAGUGUUAUAUGUGCAGAUAUGUGCAAAAAGGUUGGAGAGGAAAGGAUCAACGCAGCCUUUACUCGUUACUGCUGCAGAAAUUCAAUCAGAAAGGAGAACAAGCAGAUCAAGGGACCAACUGCUCCAUGACCAAUGGAUCGUGCAAGUAUAGCAGAAUGAUGCGAAUCAGAUCCACCAGUGGCCUUCUCAAAAUCACAUGCUACCUCCUUCUUCGUCACCUCAUCUCUACUUUCGUUUCAUCAAAAAAAAAAAAAAAAAAAAAAAAAAAAUUAAUUACCUUUCGUUUUUGGCAUUUGACGAUGGAGAAGGAGAUGAGUUCGAGGGAACAUGAGCCACUGGGAAAGCCAAGAAGGAGUUUAGGUUAAUUUUCGGAGAACAUAGAAGGGGGCAAGCAGAGCAGUCUGAUGACUGUUCCAGAACAGAGAGCAACCGUUCGAAAGAGAGCAAAAACGAGUAGAGGCUGUGGACAUCAAUGGAUCCGUUCUCUCUUGCCAUUUUGUGCGAUAUCCUGCAUCCUCUAAGAAAUCGGUAACCCCUAAACACUCUCAACUCCACCAUUAAAAAGCUUGUUCCAUACCUAGACCGUCCACCCUGAGUAGCGCCCAUGACAAGAAGCUCACGAAAAUUCUAAUUGAACAAAUGGAGUUUGGUCUCGAAAGUGUCGCUUUUUCAGGUCAAGAUGUAGAGUAAGGAGCCGAUCUGUGAACAGCGAUCAGGGGUUUCCAGUAAGUGUGUGUGGUUCUAAUCUACUGCUUGUAUGGUUCAGAGAUUUGUGGUAAGAGUAUGGUUGCUGAGAAUAAGCGAGUUCCCACACUUUCAAACUUUUCUCCUGUUCUUGAUACUUGCCUUGUUCGAGGACAAACAAGGAUCUAAGUCUGGGGGAAUUGAUAUAUGGUGUUUUUCACAUCAUUGUAUAGGUGUUUUUGUAUUGAUUCGAGUCCAUAAUCCGAGUCAGUCUAGUCCUUUUUGAUCUUUUACAGGUCUGGAGUUGGUAGAAGAAUGAAGAGAGCAUGCUUGAAGAGAAGCUGUCCUUUUGGAGCAUUUUGCGGAGAACACUCAAGACGAACAGUCCCGAGACUGUUCUCUAGCAGAACAAGCAGACGGAGUGAUCCCGAGGUUGUUCCCGACAAAUAAGGAAGCUUCUAUUUUCGGGAAUUAAGGCCUUGUUGCCCUAAUUUCUUUUCUACCUAUUGGCGCCUCCAUAUAAAGACGCCAUCUAUCCUAUUUUAUUUCUUACGCUAGUUUUUACAAGAGAACUAUUAGCUUUUGCGAUCUGCAACUUGUAAGGGAGAAGAAUCCAUUCUCUCAUAGAGAAGACCUUCUGAACCCUUGUUUACUACUCUUAUUAUUAUGCAGUUUCAUUCAGGAUC